CAACGCCAGGCAUACCGAGAGUGGCGUUUGCUUCCGUGUUUGUGCGAUUAGCAGUCUAGACUAGCCGGUGGAUCAGAGAGGUUUGGUGUUUCAUUCAUUUGGAGGAAUUAAUACAAAAUCAGCGAACAUGUCAUAUGAAUUGAAGCAUUUAUUUGCCAGCCUCCCGCAGAUGGAACGAGGAGUCGCCAAAGUCCUAGGUGGCGAUCCCAAAGGCAACAACUUCCUCUAUACCAAUGGAAAGAGCGUAAUCAUCAGGAACAUUAAUAACCCUGCCAUAGCUGAUAUCUACACUGAGCACCCUCAUCAGGUUACUGUCGCCAAGUACGCCCCCAGUGGCUUCUACAUUGCUUCUGGAGAUGUGUCUGGUAAGAUCCGUAUCUGGGACACUACCCAGAAGGAACACCUGCUGAAGUAUGAGUACCAGCCUUUCGGGGGGAAAAUCAAGGACAUCGCAUGGACUGAGGACAGCAAAAGGAUUGCUUGUGUGGGAGAGGGACGUGAGAAGUUCGGGGCUGUGUUCCUGUGGGACACUGGCUCCUCUGUGGGAGAGAUCUCAGGCCACUCAAAAGUCAUCAACAGCGUAGAUAUCAAGCAGACUCGCCCCUACCGUCUGAUCUCCGGAAGCGAUGACAAUUGUGGAGCCUUCUUUGAGGGACCACCUUUCAAGUUCAAGUUCUCAAUCACAGUGAGUGUGUGUGUGAGGUUCCCGAGAAAAUAUUGGAAUUGGUUCUCAAUGUCCAUCAGUGUGUGGUUGGGAGGGACUUGUCUAUAGGUCUCUAACUGUUGU